AUGGAUGGAAGUUCAUUAGUCUUGUAAUCCUUGUAAUUUUGUGUCUACUGAAACGUAAAACUCGGGCUAGUGAUUAAAUCCUAAUUUUAGUUAUAUGUUUUGCCCUUUGAUUCUGUGUAAAAGUGAAUAUUGUGUGCAUUUGUGAUGGCUAGCCACCAAUUCUCUCGGGUUGCAAAACGUAUUUGUUAAUAAUUGUUUUCAUUUGUUCUAAACUUGACAGACAGCUAUGACUUUUUGUCCACAUAUUUAGUCCUAGUCUAGCCUUUAACCUUGUAGACGAUGCCUAUGCGGGUGGUUAACCCGGAAAUAAGGUCUACAUUUAUAGGUGAUUCAAUUUAUUUUUGACAAGAAACAUUACUUGAAAUAAGUGAAUAACUUAAACAGCCUUAAGAUGGGUGAUGACUCCCCUGCUCAGAUCCUCAUGAAAAAGGGAAGAAGGGGUGCUGCAGCACAUGUACACGCUGAUUGUGCAAAUAAUACGUCAUCUGGUGUAUUAGGUGAAAUUUUAGAUAUUCUUUUAAACCCUUCAAAAAAUAUUGAUGAGUGGGAGACACUUGAUUGGAUAAAAUGGCUUAUGGCUGGUGGGAGAACACCUGAUGAAUUUUCCUCUAUAGUGAGGAGGUACGACAACGCCACCACCUGUGGAUUGGUAUGGACAGCCAACUUUGUCGCCUACAGAUGUCGCACGUGCGGAAUCUCACCUUGCAUGUCACUCUGCGCGGAGUGUUUUCAGAAGGGUGAUCAUGACGGUCACGACUUCAACAUGUUCCGCAGUCAGGCGGGCGGUGCUUGCGACUGCGGCGACACUUCCGUCAUGAAGGAGACCGGAUUCUGUGAUAGACACGGGCCCCAGGCCCAAGUCAACAAGCCCUGUGUGCCAUCCGACCUCAUGUGCACUUCUGAAGCCAUCAUGCCUCGGCUGAUUCUGCGACUGAUACAGCAUCUGCGCGAGAACAGCAAGUCGGCUUUACAUGACGCCCACAUAGUAGCCAUCAUGGAGGCUGAUAACUUCCUGACAAUGCUGCAUGAGUUCAGUGCGAUGGGAGCUGCCAUGAGGAGAGUUAUGACGGCUGCUCUCACAAACCCUCAGCUGUACAAACACCUCACCGAGUGUUGUGAGAAUGCCUACAUGACGGACAGUCAGCGGAUAUACAAGGACGCUCUCGACUCACUGCCCAAUCCCGAACCUCAUCCGCAAUAUCUGGAUUGUCCUGCAUUGUCCCAAACCUUGGUACAUAAAACGUUUCUGGAGGAACUUGUGUUCUGGACUGUCAAGUUUGAGUUUCCUCAGAAAGUUGUGUGUCUUCUACUCAACAUGUUGCCUGACCCUGACUACAAGGAAGCGCUGACACAAGCGUUUGUGCUGCACUACAGUCGGAUCUCGAUGAUGCUCGAGUGCUCGAGUGACCCGGAUACGCUCAGUAAUCGAGUGGUGCACGUGAGUGUGCAACUGUUCAGCAACGAGGCGCUUGCUCUGCGAAUGGUGGACAAACUGAACCUGCUACAUGUCAUGGUGACCAGCCUCAAGUACAUGAUGAGCAAGAUCCUCAUACCCAACACACUGCAUUGUCCAGAAAAGAACUUUCACCUGGUGGUAGACUGUGGCCUGCAGGUGAUGAAGGAACAUUGCUAUUGGCCUCUGGUGUCAGAUCUAAACAACGUACUGUCACACCGUCCGGUUGCCGUCAGGUUCAUGAGUGACAACUCGCUGCUGGAGAUGUGGUUUGACUUCCUCUCCAUGUUUCAAGGUAUGAACGUCAACCAGCGAGAGCUAGUGCAGCACGUAGAGUUUGAGCCCAACACGUACUAUGCUGCGUUUUCCGCUGAGCUGGAGGCUAGCGCGUACCCCAUGUGGGCGUUGUUGAGUCAUCUGCGCGACACGUCCACACUUGAACUCACCAAGAGGGUGCUGGCUAGUUGUCUGUCCGCUCUGCGCGACUGGCUCGAGGCAAUCAACAUGACACAGCCCGAUAUUCCGGACAGCAACCAGGUGUCGUUCCACCUACCUCUACACAGGUACCUGUCGGUGUUCAUGUGUCAGGCCAUCAAUGUGCAAGGGGUGAGUCUGCAGGAGGUGCUGCCUCCCCAGGACAUGCUGCAGCUGAUCAUGAUGCAUCCGCUGAGAGUACAGGCGGCUUUCUACGAAAUACUAAAUGGUCUCUGGGUUCGAAACGGACUGCAGAUUAAAGGACAAGCUAUGACCUACAUCCAGUGUAACUUCUGCAACUCCAUGGUCGACGCAGACAUGUAUCUUCUGCAGAUCUGCGCGACACAGAUCCCCGCAGACACGUACAUACAGACUGUGAUUGACAAGUUCCACAUCAAGGAGUGGCUCAGUUUUGUGUCCAGUCCAAUGAGUGACACCAACACAGCAGAUUCUGAGUCCGAGACACCAAUGCUGGAGAGCUGCCUUACGUUUCUGGCGUCACUCAUCAGCCUAAGAACAAACCUAGGAGCCAAACCGUGCGCAUUGUCACAGCUGGAGAUGGUGACACUGCUGUGUAUGUGUGACAAAACUCACAGUCAGCUGAUGGAGUUGAUGCCAGAGAGAUGUGGCACUGCGCAGAGCCGUGACUUUGAAUCUGUACUGCAGGAGGUCGCAGACUACAAAGCGCCCAACCUGGAGGCUAGUGGUAACAUGCAGCAAGGCAUGUACGUACCCAAGGCCAAAGUGUGGGAGCAGCUGUAUGAUCCUAUACAUGUACUGUUGAGAGCCGUACACCGCCGGGACUUCCAGAACUCCAUGGACAGAUUCUCUGAGUAUGCGCAGCAGAUCGGACGCAUCAGACACGGUACGACCGCCUGGCCACCAUUCCGCACGCCGUGGCCGGUACACCCGGCGUACCAGGACCCACGCAAGGUGUUGCGCACCAAGGUGUUCCACGCGCUGGUGUGGACGGUGCUGUACAAGGCUACAAUGGAGCAUACAGUCAGUGAACAUGUCACUGCCAUCUUGAUAUAUCUGCUGGAGCAAGCCAUCGCCAUCGAUGACCCUCAAGAUCAGUUGUGCCCGACAACGGUGAGUUCGCCUCAAUCGAGACACGUCAGGGAUACGGACCUCGGUAACUGGUUUGAGACGGACUGGCUCUCUUGCAACCUCCGUACUGUGAUCCAGUCAAUCACUCUGCCGGAGCCCAUCUUUGUCUGUGACAGUGAUAGUGACAGCGAGUGGGUGCAGGUAAGAAGUGGUACUCCAACUGGUCUGCCUCAAGUGCCCAGCAUGCCAGCCCUGCUGCCUGCCAACGAUGACCCACAAUCCCAGUCGAUGGCUUUGGUGCCUCACACACACAGUCAGGCUGCUAUUGAAGGGUCUGAGCCAAUGGAAGCACUGCCUCCGUCCACCCAGCCACUAGCAGUGACUGCUGGCAAUGAGAUGAUCUCUGCUAGCAGCUUCCAACACCAGCCGUCCAGUAGCAGCGGUAGUAGCAACAGCCUCAGUCAGAUGAUCAACUUCCGUCGUCAACCUGGAAGUCAAUGUUUACGAGCACUGCCGGGCCCGAGCUCCAGUGGUACCUCGUCCACUACGGUCGUUCAGCUCUCCAAGAGGUCACACAGCGAUCGAUCGAAACAACCAGACUUCUCCGUAGAGCUGCCCAGUCCAGAGCGAAGUAUAGAAGCCAAUGAGAGCAUCAUCUCACUUCUACUGAAGCUUCACUCCCACCUCUCCGGUGCUCCGGACUCCUUCAAUCCAGAUGAGCUGGAGGUGGACCGGGACUCUCGGAUAGGCGACGGUGCCUUCUUUGUAGGAAAAGUGCUCCGAAGAAUUAUGGAAAUUGACUCAUUUUGUCGAGAUAAUGUUGUGCAGACGAGAGAGAGGUUAUGGCCUCGGCAGCCAGAAGAAGGGGAAGCAGAAAGGAGAGAAAGAGAGGAAAAAGAGAGAGCAGAACGAAGAAGAAAAGCGAAAGAAAGACAACAAAAACUUAUGGAGGAAUUUGCCUCCAAACAGAAGCAGUUUAUGGAGAAAGCGAUGGAAACCGAAGACGAAGCACUAGGCAUGGACUGGGACGGAGCUGAGCAAGUGUUGACCACCAAGAAGGAGUAUGAUUGUGUUAUCUGCAGCCAGACUUCUCCGAGCACUGAUGAGAAGCCUAUGGGAUUGGCUGUGUUGGUGCAGGCUACAAGUGUGCUGGGACACAAGAGACGAAGUGCAGAUCCUGCAGUGCUACCCACAUCAGACGAAGAGAGGCAGGCGUUCCAACAGACUGGCAAACUCAGUUUGGCUGCUGACUUCGACCGGAAGAUUGAAGAGCUUGACCGCGAGUUUGACCAGUUGUCCUGGCUAGUGUCUGUCAACCUAGGCUGGGAGGGAGGCGUCCAUGUACAAACUUGUGGACAUCAUUUACAUCUCGACUGUCUCAAGGCUUAUCUGCGCUCUCUGCGUAACCAACAGAGGCUCUCCUCUGAACGAGGAGAGUACUCGUGUCCGCUGUGUCGAAGGCUAGCCAAUUCAGUGCUACCACUACCGCCACAGCUGGGAGAGUGUGCGGCCGUCGUCCGCUCCAGGCCGGUCACGCUCAACGCAACCAUCACUGAGCUGGUCAAGUUCCUCAAAGAGAAUCCGCCCACUAACUCGGUCGUAUCCAACCUGAUGGAAGCCAUGCGCAAGUCCAUGGAGGAUAUGACCAACUCGACGUACCUCAAGUUCAAACAGAAGAGCGGCACGCGGCUGCCGCAGACACUGUUUCUUUUUGUCACGUCCAUCGCUCGGACCAACCUUGAGGUGGAGUUGGUGCAGCGAGAGGGGUCGUUGGUAACGCCAAAGAGCACCGACUGUAUACCCAAGCGAUCGUGUAUCAUGCCUUUGCUACACGUGUUGGCUGUCCACGCUCGUAUGCUGGCCCACUGGCCGACCUGGGAGACGUUCAGACAGUUGUCCGGGGCCACUGAGGAGCCCCAGCAGGACUCUGCCCCUGCACUGUCUGUGGCCGGACCUCCCGUGCCUCUGCUGCUGUGUGACCCUUGCGCUCUGCUCACACAGUUCAUUCUACUGCUUCCGCUGCACCUCGACCAGACUUACUUCUCGUGUGUGGUGAAGCUGCUGUACAACCUGCUGUACGUGCAAGUGACGGUGCAGCUGUCGUGCCUCAUGUCAGAGUCACAGCGUAGUCAGUGGCGACGAAGCCCCCCGCCGGCCCCCGACACUCCUGUCAGUACACUGGAUGACGCGAUGGCUCUAACUAUACACCUGCUGGACCACACGUCACUGUAUCUCAGCGACGAGGCGCGCGACUCGCAGGAACUGCCUACUGUCGACCGCGCAGCCGUCGAAAACCAGAUUCAACAGUUAUGUCUUCCAUUUCUUCGCAUUGCAGCGCUGUUAAGACAUCAUCUGUAUGAGCAAGAAUUGCCUAAAAUUCAUACAGAGUCCAGUGAAUUUGUCAUACUUGUUUACUAUCUGGAGCUAGUUGAAGGUGGCAUGACUCUGGAGCUGUUCAAUGCAGCGGUAGCGCUCAGCUGGCCGGAGCCGACGGGCUGUCACCUGCUCGCCUGGACACGUCAGCUGUCGGAGUUCAUCAACCACAACCAGGUGACAGCGAGAAGUUUCCUGUCCGAGCAACACCUGGUGUGGCAUCAGCCCAGGCUGCUCAGUCUGCCAGAGCUGUACGACAAGAUAUUCCAGUACUACCACCGACGGCAGUGCAGUCAGUGCCACAGCGUACCCAGGGAGACGUCGGUGUGUCUGGUGUGUGGCGCACUGGUGUGUCUCAAGGAGAACUGCUGCAAACAGCUGAACGUGUGCGAAGCUGUGCAGCACAGUGUGGACUGUGGUGCAGGCACUGCGAUGUACCUGGUGGUCACCAGCAGCUACGUCAUCGUCAUACGGGGAAAACGAGCCUGUCUGUGGGGCAGCGUCUACCUCGACAGCUUCGGCGAGGAGGAUAGAGAGCUCAAGAGAGGUAAGCCGUUGUACCUGAGUCCAGGCAGGUAUCAGUUGUUGCAACAACAAUGGCUGGGACAUCACUUCGACCACACGCCCAAGAAGUGGGUAUGGCAUCGCGACGCCCUGUAACCUACUCACUCCCUCACGAUUUAUACACUCGUAACCAUUAAAUUAUCUGCGAUUCACUUUCUAAAGUUCUGUUGGAUUCGAUCUUUAUUUUCAUCGUAUUUUGUAACUAUUUUGUACAUUUGCGGGCUUCUCGCCCUUCGACUUGUUGAGUUGUUAUUAUCUUUACAGUUUAUCUACUCUUAGGAUAUUUAUUUUUCUGAACUGAGUUUUGUAUGUUUUGUUGUUCUUUAACAGAUUUUUAUUUAUAAUGCAAACAGAUUCAAUCCUUAAACCUUUUCCACCCAAUUUUUUGUAGGUUUUCUGUGUUAAUUGGCUUACCUCUACAAAGAUGAAUUCCUCAUAGAAAAACAAAGAAACUAAUGAAAAAUUGUUUUUUUUUAUCACACCUUGGAAGUCUGUAAAAUAGAAGGUAAUCAGCCAUGUUUUUCAUCUUUGUACUGGUAAUAGUUUUUCUUAAAAACCCUGAAUUACCAAUCAUAGUUGCAAUCGUUCAUGUUUUUUCGGAAUAGUUAAUUAGCAUUUUGAUACCUUUUACUUCUCAUUUCCAAUUUUCCUCGUGUUCAUUCUCCAUGUAUGUAAUUUUAAUUAUUUAUAAUAUUACUGUUUAAAUAUUUUCCUUAUGCAGUGUAAGUAGAAAACUUAUUCCUUUCAAACCUAUAUCACAAUAAUAUACCUUCGCUAUAACAACUUAAUAUUUAAGCUCAUGUUAUUGCUGAAAUGCAUAUAUUUUUAUAUCGGCACGAAACAGUUAAUUAUUGAACUCUUAUACAAUUUACAAAAGGUAGUAAAGUUGUAGGUUUGUUGAUUCUGUAGGAAAAGAAAACUCCUAAUGUCUGUGAUAGUGGAUACACAACUGAAGUUUGUAUCCAAUAUGGAAAGACUAUUGGUAAGCUUAACAAUGAAAAUGAUUUGUUUAUUAACUAAUUAUGUUUUAAGAAUUAAACUUAAGUGAUAGUUAAGAACCACAUUAAAAUUUUCACAAUCAUUUAUAUAGGAUCUAAAAGAAUCUUUGUAACAAUUAAUAAUCAAAUACAUAGAUUCGGCUUGGAGGCACUUUUACGGGGAUAUUUAUUUCUAUGUGAUUUCUGAUAUAAUGAUCAUUUAUAUUGUUGCUAAGCAUGACUCUUUCAGAGUCAGCUGAUGUAAUAUCAUGUAUAUUAUAAAGUAUAUAGUGGUUGGACUCGAUGAGUUUAUAUCUUAUUGUAUUUAACAAUUACGACUUGUAAAUAUAUUGUACAAAGCUAUUCAAUCGCUUUAAUAAAUGAUAACUUGUUGAAGCUUCGCCUAGACAAAGGCUUAAUCUGCUAAUUGAAUGAAUAAAUGUUUGAUAUGAAA